UACACUACCCUCUAAAGACAGGGAUCUGCCCCAGACCAAGAAAGGUUGUGAGAGAGAGGGUGUCUUAGAAUAUCCUGAGCCCCUACAAUGAAGCAAUCCAAAUAGCCAAUGGCUUCUUAAAAACGGAUUUAAAAAAUAUUUUCAUGAGGUGACAGAUAUUUCUACAAAAACAUGCUGAAGCAUUAUCAGAAAUAGCAAAAAGAAAAUUAUACACAAAAUAAUUGUCCUCCCAAAAAGGAAAUACAUGAAAAAUUUUAUUUGUGAAAUACUAUUAGUCUGCUUUUUCAUUACUAUAAUAAAGUACCUGAGGUAGGCUAACUUUAUAAAGAAAAGAAGUUUAGCUCAUAAUUCUGGAGAUUCAAAGGCAGGGUGCUAGCUUGGCUCUGGUGAGCACCUCACGGCAGUUGAUAUCACAAAAGCAAGAGUCUGUGAGAGAGAGAGAGACAGACAAAGACAGAGAAAGACAGAGAAAAAGAGAGACAGUGACAGAAACAGAGACACAGAAUCUGAGACAGAGGCAGAGACUGAGACUGAGACAGAAUGAAUCACAAUCCCAAACAGAAAGCUAGAGACAAGUUCAGGGCUCAGGGUUGCUUUUAUAAUAGCUCACUCAUACAAGAACUAUUUUAAUACCCUUCCUUGUUGACCGAGGCUACAACUCUUAAGGGUCCACAGCACCUCCUAACAUCGCCACACUAAGGACAACAUAUGACAAUUCCAGUACAUGAACCCCUGGGGGACAUAUUCAAGUUAUAUCCAAACCAUAGCACUAUAAUAGGCAAAUUUCUUGAUUUAACAAAGCAAGUUACAGAGUCUUCUGAGCUUCCGAGCUCAUGAUAGCUUCUGAUCUAUAAUGCUCGUAUUAACUUCAUCACUAAUGACAUUACCAGGUCACUUUCUGUGGUGGGGGCUUCUUGUGCACAGUAGGAUGGUGAGAUGAGUCUCUGAUGGCAAUAGCAACCACCCUCUUAUUGAACAACCAAAAAUGCCUUUGACCAUUAGCAAAUGUCCCCAGCUGGGGGAGACAGAUUUGUCCCCAGUUGAGAACUAUUGGUGUACUUCUAGCAGACUUACAUUAGUAAAGACUACAUUAGUAAAGACUAACCUUUACAUGGUUUUACCAGGCACAAUGUUCCAAAAACAGCAUCUCUUAACUAUUUAAUCUUUAAAUGCUGUGGGAUUCUUUGCCUGCCUUGAGUGAGUGCGUGACUUGCCUAAGAUCACACAGCCAGUGAGUGGUGAAGUAAGGAUGUGAACCUGAGUUCUUUGGCUCCAAACCUUGAUUUCUAUUCUCCUGUGGGUAUGGUAUUACUAUGUUCUAACUUUUUAAUUCUUCAUGUCAUCAAAUCUACAAGAUAUUGUCAACAAUUUUGAGCCACUUCUUACCAAUGAGACCAUCUGGGAAACAGGAGACAAGCAAAAAGUUGCAUCCAUGGCCUCAGCUUUCCUCCAGAAUGUGGAAUUAAAGGUUCUAAAAACUACCUUAAGCACUCCAGGGCAAAAACUCCAGAGAGCCCAAAACAGUGCUGUGGCUGUUAAAGCUUGAGUGGUUGCACACAAUUGCUCGGAAGAAGGAAACACAUUCAGUUUAAAUACUGAAGUGAACUCAGUGGACAUCCAUUGUGAUGAUGUCAUCCAGGGAAAUUUACAAGGCCCCCAUGUAAUUGCCUUUAUUGUCGAUUCUUCUCUUGGAAACAUCUUAAAUGCCACUUUUUUUGAAGAGAUGGAUGAGAAAGAUCCCAUGCACCUAAAUUCUCAGGUAGUCAGUGGUGCAAUUGGACCCAAAGGGAACACAUCUUUUUCCUGGCCUGUGACUCUGACUUUCCAGCACUUGCAGACGAUUCCCAGCAGCAAAAAGACAAUCUGUGUCUACUGGAAGAUCACAGAGGACAGUGGCUACUGGUCCAUGGAUGGCUGCUUCCUGAUACAAGUGAACCAAAGUCACACCGUGUGCUGUUCCACUCAUCUGUCCAGUUUCGCAGUCCUCAUGACCUUCACCAGCCAGGAGGAGGAUCCAAUGCUGAGCAUCAUCACCUACAUGGGGUUGGGCUUCUCUCUGCUGUGCCUCUUGCUGGCAGUCCUCACCUUCCUCCUGUGCAAAGCCAUCCAGAACACCAGCAGCUCCAUCCACCUGCAGCUCUCGCUCUGCCUCUUCCUGGCUCACCUCCUCUUUCUCACAGCCAUCGACCAAACCGAACCCAAGGUGCUAUGCGCCAUCAUCGCUGGCACCUUGCACUACCUCUACCUGGCCACCUUCAUCUGGAUGCUGCUGGAGGGGCUGCACCUCUUCCUCACUGCACGCAACCUCACAGUGGUCAAUUACUCCAAUAUAAAUAAAUUCAUGAAGUGGUUCGUGUUCCCUGUAGGCUAUGGCAUUCCUGCUGUCAUUGUGGCCAUUUCUGCAGCAUGCAGGCCUCACCUGUAUGGAUUGCCUGAUCACUGCUGGCUCUCGCUGGACCAGGGAUUCACCUGGGGUUUCCUUGGCCCUGUCUGUGCCAUUGUCUGUGUGAAUUCAGUAUUUUUUGUCUUAGUCCUUUGUAUUCUGAGAAGGAAGCUUUCCUCUCUCAAUAGUGAAGUAUCAACCAUCCAGAACACAAGGAUGCUGACACUCAGAGCAACAGCUCAGCUCUUCAUCCUGGGCUGCACGUGGUUUCUGGGCUUCCUGCAGGUAGGUCCAGCCGCCCUGGUCAUGGCCUACCUCUUCACCAUUGUCAACUGCUUCCAGGGCUUCUUCAUGUUCCUGGUCUACUGCCUUCUCAGCCAGCAGGUCAGAAAACAAUACCAAAAAUGGCUUAAGGAUAUUACAAAAUCAAAAUCUGAAUUUGAGCAAUAUACACUUUUUAGCAGUUCUGGCCCUGACUCAAGAACCACUGAGAACAAGUGAAGGAAAAAUAUUACAACUAGAACACUCAACUCUGUAUG